GAUGCGUUUGAUUUGUGUGCAAUCUACAGGUAACCCCGUUUUUCAACCACACUUCAACCACAUCAACAGUCUUUGAACGUCUCUUUACCAAACAGAUCUCUAGCUCUAUCGCCGUCUCAACAGUCUCUCCAUUGCUUUACAAUCAUCGCAGGAUUGUGAAGCUUAUUUUACAUGGAGGGUGUUGGAGGUGAUGGUGCCACAGUAGUGGCACCUUUGAACCAAUGGAGGCACGAUGCAUGGAAGCUUUUUCAGUUUUAUUUAGAUAAAACUACACCACAUGCUGUCUAUAGAUGGGUCGGAACUGUAGUUUUAGCAUUCAUUUAUGCUGUGCGGGUUUUUUAUCUUCAAGGAUUUUACAUUGUGACCUAUGGUCUGGGCAUUUAUAUACUGAAUUUGUUGAUUGGGUUUUUGUCGCCUCUUGUUGACCCGGAGAUGGAACCUUCAGAUGGGCCUUUGCUACCGACAAAAGGUUCGGAUGAAUUCAAGCCUUUCAUUCGCCGCCUCCCCGAGUUUAAGUUCUGGUAUUCCAUUACAAAGGCUUUCUGUAUAGCGUUUGUCAUGACUUUCUUCACCAUGUUUGACGUUCCCGUCUUUUGGCCCAUAUUACUCUGUUACUGGAUCGUGUUAUUUAUCCUUACAAUGAAGCGCCAGAUUGUGCACAUGAUUAAAUACAAAUAUAUCCCAUUCAACAUUGGAAAGCAGAAAUAUGGUGGCAAGAAAUCUGCAGCUAGUAGCAGCGGCUCUCGUGGGGACUAAAGUUCAUCUCGUUUAUGACUAGACCAAAUGGACGAGGAUCAAGAAGAGAAGAGAGUGAGAGAGGAGACAUGCAUUUACAAAGAUUGAUCGUUAGAUCUUUACUUUGCAUUAUUUACAUUAUUAUGGAUUUGAUGAUGGAGUUGCGAACAUGUAGUUCACUUGUGCUGCAUUGUGGAACCUUACCAGCUUGCUUACUUCGUAUUUGCAAAGGUGAAAGUUUUUAUUGUUUAUACAAAUAUCUUCGUGAUUCUUGAGGAAGUUUAUAUAUUUAUUCAUUUAUGUAUUCUUUUGCCUACCCUCCACGGUAAUCGGCAUUGUAAUCGAGUCCUAGGGACAUACAAUCUAUUUUGUACCUCGCAUGCACUUUCAGUUUCAUUAAAUUCUUCAUCGCAGGUUGAGACU